AUGGCUACAUUAUAUUGCAUUAAAGUAACCCAAUUACCAAAAGGAAUCAAUAGUGAAAAACUAGCUGCCAUGUUUAUGAUGCCACAGCAUAAUAUCAACAUUCCUAAUAAUCAAGAAGGUCCAAAUUAUUAUGCAUGGGUGAAUGGAUUUUUGAAUGAGUCAAGUGCAACUCAAUUUGUGAAAAAAUGGAAUCAUUUUAAAAUAGGUUCUGGAAAAAUCACAUGUAAAAUGGUUAAUAAGAAUUCAAAAGAGCAGUGUUCCAGACACCCAUCGAUGCCAAGAGCGUCUGGUAAUGGAGCAGAUCCUAGCAAUCGUGAAAAUCAGACGUUUAUAAGUAGCACAGAUUCUAAGCGUCAGCGAAGCUUGGAUCCUACAAGUAUUAUGAGUUCGAUGAUAUCCGAUACAAGAGAUGAUAGUGAUACCGAUGAAAAACCACAGUUUGCUAGUCACAGUUCAAGAAUAACUCGCUACAAUGUCACUGAUAGUCCAUCAAACAUGCACAAUAAUCCUGGUGCAUCUUCAGCUACGUCUCAAAGUUUUAUAGACGUAAUAGUAUCUAAGUCACGUGAUACAUAUAAUCGAUCCCGUUCAAGAGUCCGAGAUGCCUCAUGGUCCUCUCGAGAACCUGUUUGUCGAAAUGGAAUAGACUGUUCCGAUCCGUCUUGUAAUUGUAAUCAUCCAGCGGAAUGGCAGAUAUGCGAUAAUGAUGUAGGCUGUGAAGAAUUUGAAUGCAAGGCUACUGAUCCUGAAGGACGAAAAACAACAUGCUUUAAUGGAAACGAUUGCAAAGAUUUCACUUGUGAGCUCUUACAUCCACUAACACGCAUGAAUCAAUGUGUAGAUGGUGACCAAUGUAGCGUUUGGGAUUGCAAAGCUUUGCACCCGUAUGGCCGCCCUAAAGCGUGCUUCUUUGGAAAGUAUUGCUAUAACUCGGCAUGCUUAUGUUUGCACCCGUUAGAAAGACAAUUAUGCCCGAAUGGUAGCGAAUGCAUUGAGUUCAUAUGCCAAUUCGAUCAUCCGUCGAGCCGUGUCAUGAGAUGUGACAGAGGUGUUGCUUGUAAUAACUUCUACUGUGAUCGUUUGCAUCCUGUCGAUUGGGAUCUGUGCGAACAAGGUAUUGAGUGUAAAAAUCCCACUUGUUCACAUGCAAUUCAUCCAGGAGACUGGAGGUUUUACCUACAGCAAAAUACAACUAGUGAAAAAAACCAAAAGCAAUCAUACCCACGAUUGAAAUCUAUCGAACAACGUAAUAUUGAAAGAGAGCAGACACAAUUGCCCAUUCUUGCUGCAAAAGACGAAUUUUGUCGACGAUUAAAAGCAGAACGGUUAUUGGUAGUACGAGCCGCUACUGGUAGUGGUAAAAGUACGCAACUACCGCAAUAUGCUGCUGAAUAUUUUGGUGGACUCGUCGUAUGUACUCAGCCACGAGUAGUUGCAGCAGUAUCUCUAGCGCGCCGUGUAGCCAAUGAAUAUGAUGGAAUAUCAGUGGGUAAAUCAGUUGGAUAUCGAGUUGGUCGUACUAGUAUUGGCAAAAACCAAAGUCAGGUACCUGGCACAGAUAUUAUAUUCAUGACAGAUUCGGCUCUCAUUCAUGAAAGCCAAGAAGAUCGACAGUUGAGUAAUAUCAAAGUCUUGAUAAUUGAUGAAGCACAUGAGCGCUCUCUAAAUACCGAUAUUGUCAUUGGUCUAGCAAAAAUUUUACUUAGCGCGCGCACGACAGAUUUCUACGUCGUUAUUGCUUCAGCUACUAUUGACCCGAGUAAAUUUCUUGACUAUUUUAAACGAAGCCCUGAUCAAGUACUCGACGUUCCAGGUCGUGUCUAUGAUAUUAGUGUAGACUCUCUUCCGAAACCCGAUGAUUUGACUGAAGGAGAACAUGCUGUGUCGGCUUUACUGCAGUCAUACGAUAAAUAUCAGGGUCAUUCGCUAGUAUUUCUUCCUGGGCAACGAGAAAUUGAACGAGCUCUUGAACGUUUUAGUCUUGUUAUACCAGAUAAUUGUGUGGCGUUGCCAUUGUAUGGAUCUCUCUCACCUGAAGAACAAGACAGAGUACUUCAAUUCGACGAAGGACUUGAUGGCGAGCGCCGAAUGGUCGUCUUCUGUACGAAUGUCGCUGAAACAUCACUAACUAUAAAUAAUACUCGUCUUGUGAUUGAUUCUGGAUUAGCCAAGGAAGCUCGCUUCGAUACUAAGCGUCGUCUUACUGUUAUCGAAACAGUGAGAAUAUCCCGUUCGUCUGCCGAUCAACGUAAAGGUCGAGCAGGCCGAACAGCGCCUGGACAUUGUAUUCGCCUUUAUCGAGAUGAUGAGUUAGUCCGUCCCAAUAUUCAACCGGAAAUUCUUCGAUCUUCACUAGAUAUGGCCGUCUUGCAACUUGUCCGGUUGCAGUUCAAGCCUAAAAACUUUCCUUUUAUGGAUCUACCUUCAUGUGGUACAGAAGCUCUCGAAAAAUCAUUAACGCUUUUGAAAGAUCUUGCAUGUAUUGACAAAGAUGAUCGUAUCACUCUAAGAGGUGAACUAUUUGCCGAUCUUGGCCUAGAUCCUCGCUUAAGCGCUUUUCUGGUCGAUACUUACAUAGAACAUGACCCAAUUCUUAAUGCCACAGCAGUGAUCGUCGCUAUUUUAACAGCACCUGGUUCAUUGUUCUUUAUGGGUGGUGCAACAAAAGAGGCAAAAGAAGCAGCCAAGGGCAGAAUCGCUCUAGGUGCUCAGGAAUAUCAAAGUGAUUUGUUGUAUUUAGUCUCAGUAUACGAAAAGUGGAAAACCGUUGGCAUAGUCGAUUCUAACACACACUUGUGCGUCAAAUGUCAAAAGUUAAUUAAGAGAAGUAAUUCAUGCCGAUCAUGUCGAGCAGUCUACAGUGUUGAAAAUACAUUGAACAAUAAAGUUCUCACUGUUAUUGAAAGUGCAAGUGAUACUUCAAUCAGCAUAAUAAAAAAUAAACGUUGGCAACUCAAUCCUGGUAAUUUAAUAGAUGCAGAUCAAACUAAUAUCAUCGGUACACAUCUUUUUAAAAACUUUCCUGAACAAUAUGGCCAUCUUCUGGUGUCACAUCUACCCAAUGAAGGUGUCUGUAUGGUAGUAAACGAUUUUCGUGCACGUAUAACCGCCACUAGUGUAUUUGUGCAGCGACACCUUGAAAGCGUUCAUUUUGUUGCCAUGUCAAUCACACAGUUACCUACAGGGGCACAUAUAAUUGAACUACUUCAUCCAGUGACUCCACCCAAAACAGCUGAUAUGAAAGUCAUAACAAACUUGUUCACAGUUAAUCACGUUGGUUGGGAAUGGAAUACUGAAAUCCGCAAAGAAAUGAAUACCUUAAAAACUGAAUCUUGGAAAACAUGGCUAAUAUUAGAGUAUGAUAGUCGUUUAUGCAAGCUCAUCAUAUGGAGUGAAGAAAGCAUGAAAGAUUCGAUCAAAAGUAUACUCACACCUAUCGUUCAGAACGCUCUUCAUUUUCUUUUAUCUCGAACUCGUUCCAUCGAUUGUGGUCCCAUUCAGGCAUCAUUCGAAAGUGGUCUUCAUUGUUUGCAGACUGAAAAUAAGUAUGCCAGUAGUAAUAAUAUAAAAAAUCGGCUUGAUCUGCAUUGCGUUCCUUGUAAAAACUUCGAUGAACUAUAUGAAUGGUUUUCUCAUAAACUAUGUGUACAUCGAAAAGAUAUUCGUGAGAAUAAUUUUCAACCUUGUAAAGAACCUAUGAAGAAUGAAGAGAGUUACAAAUCUCCUCCUUUUUUUGUUAUUUUCAACUCAGAUGAAGUAUUCAAACGAGCUUUAUCUCAUCUUCCAUCCAUCAAUGCCUAUACUGAACGAAAAGAUGCAUCGAAUACCGUAAACAUAAACGAAAAAGAUGCAUGGGGUCGUCAAUUACUGCUCAGAACGAAAGAAAAUGUAUUUGUCUCAGCGGAGCAAAUGAAAAAUCUUCUUCCUGGAAAAAUUGUCAACUGUAAGCAAAUAGGCAGAAAUAUAUUACCUGGUUUACAAUUGACGAAUAUGCCAGUACAUAUCGAUCAGACAAAGAUUCAGAAGGCGUUGGGAAAUGACCUGGUCCCGGCACGUAUCAAUAUGCUUUAUUCGGAUAAAACUAAUCCUAAUAUUGGUAGUUCGUCGGCGCGGAUCUAUUUCGAAACAAAAGAACAAUAUGUUCAAGCGAUUUCUCGUCUACGAAAGAGUUCCUUGUUAAAGUCACAUACAAUAACGAUUCGCUCGAAAAGAACUCAAGCUUGCGUCAAUAUUAAUGCAGAUCCUACCAUGCAAGCAGUCAAAAUGGAACCACAAACAUUUUUGAUAACUGCAACCAGUCGUCGAGUAGCAUUAGAUAUUUACUCAGAGUCAAGCCAGAAUUGGACAAUCAAUAGUUCAGCUAGUGUGACAGUAACAUACGUUGAAUUGUACCCAAAUUUUGAGGAAUUGCUGCAAAGUAUUUGUACUCGUUUUCAUACGAAAGUUGAAAAAAUAGCUCUCCCAACGAAAAGCAAUUAUUCAAAAGCCAUUCGUUGCAUCUUUACAGAUGCUAGCCCAACGACCACUGCUUUGGCCGCUUCAAUCUUAAGUCAAGAAACGUCGCCGAUCAUUAUCAAAUUAAUGGAUGAUCGACAAAAAUGUUUAUUUAAAGAACUAUUUGACGAGAAUCUCAUUCAAAAGUGGGCCAGUGAACUGAAAUUGUUAUGCGAGAAGAAGGAUAAAUAUGGAGCUGUCAUUGAAAUUCGUGGUCCUCAAGUUGAACAAGGUCAGUUUAUGCGUCGUAUUGCUGAUUAUUCUGAUGAUUUCAAUGAUCGAUAUCGUCUUCUUGAUCUUAAUGCUGCGAUUAUCGGUUUUUUCGGUCGUCAAAAAGCUGCAGAUACUCAACUACAAGAAAUUAAUUCUGUGUGGGUGCCGAAAGGAUGCAGUGUGACCUUGGACCGUAGAACAAGUUGCAUUAUUCUUUAUGCACAACUUAAAGUAACUAAAGAAAUGUUAAAUGCAUGUGAGAGUGAAGUAAAAUUAUUAUUAGAAAAGUUAGCCGUAAAUGAUAGGGAUGAUGGACAACAAAAAGAUUUUGCACGUGAAUGUGCUUUUUGUCGACGACUUAUGGUUGCUACGCGUACAUUUCGCAUUUGUGGUCAUGCAUAUUGCCGAUGUGCUGUAAACAUGUUACACGAGAUUCCUCUUAAAUGUCUCACUUGUAACUACACAAUUCAUAUUCAAGAUGUGCAAGAAAUGUUUAGUAAUAAUCGUGCAGACUUCAUACAAUUAUGUAAAAAAUCAAUCCAAAACUAUUUGCUAACGUCCACAAAUCCCACAGAUAACGAUCAGCUUUUCUGCCCAAAUAAUGAUUGUAAAGGUCUAAUUAUUCGUAGUCACGGCUACCAAACAUGUUUGACAUGUGGACAAGGCGUCUGCGGAUUAUGUCGUUUGAUUGACGAUGAACUUCACGAAGGCCGUAAUUGUGCCGAACGAAACGAAGCUCACGAAAAAUUAGGCGAAUUUCUGCCACAACUUUUCAAAGCAGCCGAAGAGUUUACUACAAACAACUGGCCAGUAGAUCUACCACCUAUCGUUCGUUUCGACAAGAAUCCGUAUUUAUUGGGAAAAGGUUGUGAGUCUUUUAGUCGAUUUUACAAAGGUGUUGAGUUGAUCGGAAGUCGUCCACCGCUUGACCUUGGUCGAGGAUUUUUUGCCUUUCAUGGCACUUCAAUAGAUGCAAUUGAAUCUAUAUGUAAGGCAGGAUUUGAUCCAUCUCGUCGUCGUGGGCAAGCGUAUGGCAUUGGUGAAUAUUUCGGAGUUACAGCUGCUAUUUCACAUGGCUACAGUCAGAAAAGCGAGCCAUCAGUUUCCAAUCUAAGAAUGAUAAUCGCUUUUAUCCUACAGACUGAUAGAGUACAAAUGAGACCUGGCUUUUGUUAUGUCGUCAAUAAUCCUAUUGAUUGGUCAGCUGCUUUCAAUCUACCAGUAGCUGUUUUGACAUAUGGGAAGAAUAGUUCUGAAGAUCAUGCCUCGCCUUUCCCAGAUGUGACUCCCACGCCUAUUGACCAACUUCCUACUAAAAGUACUUGGCAGUCACCUUUUCGUUGGUUUUGGUGGCAAAAGGGUGAAACCUUCGAACCGUACAAUGAUGUAAUAAAUAGUAUGUUGGAACAAUACUAUGAAAAUUGGAAACGUGGAAAAGGACCAUCUAGUGUGACGACACCGCCGUUGAUUCGCUACAUUGACGACAUGCCACAAACAUAUGAUAUCGACUUUGUGAAAAACACACAAAAAAAUACUCAAACAGGAUUCCGCCGACGAUUAGAACGCCGACAUCUGGAGCAGUCACAAAUUGAAACUUCACGAAACUGGUUUUUUCGUAAUCAGCAUCAUGUAUGGACGGCGUACGAAUCCAUGAUUCAGCAGACAAUCGAAACUGCUUUUCAAGCGUAUUGGUCUGGUAUUGGAGAAAGCUCGGUUAUUAUUCGAUUUCCCGGUCGACCUGAAGAAUACGAACUUGACUUUGUUACUGGUAGACAAACCAAUAAAAGCAGUGGUGAAGUUCGGAUAAUCGAACGAAAAUAG